UUUUUCCUACCAGCACGACAGGUAAUUUCCACACUCUUACGGCGGAUAUUAUCUUGUCAGCGCUCUUUGCUUUUAGACUCUUUGGUUAGAGUUAGCCAACAUGGCGACUGUGUGAAGUGAGCGGAUUGUUUGCAGUGCCAAGAAAAUGAGGGUACCCCGUUGCUGUUUUGGGGUCAGGCGAACCUAUCUGGUGUGGCCAAUCCUGCUGAUCCUCCUGGUUGGAGCAGCUUUGACAGCUCUGCUGCCACCUGCUGAGGACCAAGGAGCUGCUGGUGUCCUGGGAGUGCUCCGCAGAGCUACAGCAUCGAAGGAGUUUCCGGCACAGAGCCUCCACACUGACAGCUCAGAGGAGGACAAAUUCACUGUCAUCAUCCAAACUUACAACCGCACAGACGUUUUACUCAAACUCUUAAACCAUUACCAGGCAGUGCCUCAUCUUCAGAAGAUUAUCAUUGUCUGGAACAACAUUGGGGAGCAGACGCCCCUGAAGUUAUGGAACUCUCUGGGGCCUCAUCCGGUCCAGGUGGUCUUCAAGGAGCAGACUAGCAAUCAAAUGCGCAACAGACUACAAUCAUUCUCUGAGAUUGAUACAGAUGCUGUGUUGAUGCUAGACGAUGACACCCUCAUCAGUGUUCCUGACAUCAGUUUUGCUUUCUCAGUGUGGAAGCAAUUUCCAGACCAAAUUGUUGGAUUUGUUCCACGGAAGCAUGUCUCAACACCAGGAGGAGUGUACACUUAUGGCAGCUUUGAGUUGCAGGAUCCAGAAACAGCUGGUGGUGACAGAUACUCCAUGGUGUUAAUUGGUGCUGCUUUCUUCCACCGCCGCUACCUGCAGCUCUUCCAGGAGCAACCUCAAGCAGUACAUGCUUUAGUCGAUGAAACACAGAACUGUGACGAUAUCGCCAUGAACUUUGCAGUAGCAUUAUAUUUACGGAAACACUCCAAGGCGACCAGGGUCAGUAGACCCUCUGGGGUCUUUGUCAAACCUGUGGAUCUCCGCAACCUGGAAAAGGAUGCCAGCAGUGGAUACCAAGGAAUGUGGCAUCGCCCCGAACACCUUCUCCAGAGGUCCUACUGCCUGAACAGAUUGACACAGAUCUACGGCUUCAUGCCACUCUGCUUCUCCAAUCUGAUGGUCUCCCAGUUCGGCUUCCCCAGCUACGCCAAUCACAAGAGUAGGGGCUGAGGAGGUGCCACUUUGCUGACUGUUUUGGAUUGAAGGAAGACGGGUUCAAGUAUCAGGCUGGUAAGUCUGCGUUUAGCUUACAUCACACCACACAUCCGGGCUGAGAACUAGUUUGAAUUGAGUGCUGGAGUGAUCUGUGGAUGGCGCCCAGUCAUUAGCAUCUGACAUCUUCAGCCGCUUUAAUUUUAGAAAGCUCAGACAGUCUCAAGGUAAUAAAAACAGUUUGUUUUUUGGGUGCUUUUUACGAUCCUCUGCAGUCUCAUCAUGACAUCAGCGGGACAGUGAUGGACUUUUCAUUUGGAAGAAUUUUCUGCACAUGGUCCACUUUGAUGAAACGUCCAUAUUUGAUAAGGUAAUCUGUAUUGCUGCCAGAAGCGGCCUUUCCUCCAGCAUGAACAAGUCCCUCAGUGGAUUGUAGCGCAUUCACUUUGAAGCCAGCAGGUGUCGGUCUUAACUCUAAUCUCGCCUUGUUUGUAACUGUGAUUUAAAGAACGUUUACAUUUUCUGUUGUUCCAUUUAACUGACAUAUCAGUGCAAGAAGAUGUAUUCUAUAGUAAUGUUUGGCCCCCAAAAAAACUCCCCACCACAGUGUGAAUCUGGGAAUAGAAACAAAUGUUACUGAAAGUAAUAGGUAUAUUUGAAAGCUAUAUUUAUAUCCAGUACUAUGCAUGCCUAGACAAUCAUUUUUUAAAAUGUAUGCAUAUAUGUUUGUAAUACUCUAUCAUGUGAUUUUAAUUGAAUAGAGUUGUCCUUUUUUUUCUAAACAAAAUCUGAGGAUGAAUUCAUAUAAUGAGGAGUAAAUGAGGAUUAAAUCUGGAAACAAGUGAACAGAGGUCAAGACACUGACAUAUAGUGAUUGAAGAAUUAAGUGAGGGCUUCCUGGAAAACAAAUCAACAGAAAAUUUUUUCCUAAUUUUAGAGCGUGAAUGGAUUCUAAUUUCUAGUAGGUAGAAGAAGGAAUAGCAGUUUGUCCAAAAUAAUUAGAUAUGUUUUUAUAACAGAUAAUCCCUGCAAUUUGCAAAAAUACUGUAACCUCAGUUGUAAUAAUGACAAAAGAUCAUCCUGUUAAAGUUGAUUUAAUUACUGAACUGCAUCAUCACUCUGGCAUUUCCAUUCAGUGACAGACUAAUGCAGUUCUCUUUGAUAAUAUAAACAGGAAAACAUUGACAUUAUGUGUCCAACUUAAACAUCUGGGAGGUAGGAGAGUGAUAUUUUCAUUUUGUAAGUGGAACAGCUUUCAGGGAAACAGAUGUCAUCAGUCAACACAGUAAACAUCUGGACAAUAAAAUCUGAUGUGAGGUCUGACCUGUUUUUAAAUUUCAAGUCUCUGCAUGCCAUUGAAUCAGCAAAUGCUCAUUUCUAACUUAGGAUGGAAAUCUAUAUUUAUUAAUGAAUAAUAACAGCCCACUCCAUCUCAGUGAAUAAAAGUGUCCUUGCAUACUC